UUGCUGUCAAAGUCAAGCAUAGUUUUAAUGCAUUAUUGCACUUUACUUGUGUUGUGUGUUCAAAAUCUCUACAGUGGAAUGUAUAACAUAUUUCAGUAUAGAAUUAUCUUAUUUUCAAUUAUUCUCGCUUAAGUUUAAUAUUGGAUAAUGAUUAGUGAUUAACUUUAUUUGUUUGAUAUCAUUUGUAUCAUAUAAAAUAGUGUUUGAUGUAAAUAAAUAUGUCGGUACGAGACAAGUGGGUUCGCCGGUUUUCUAUCGACGAAACGGCAAAACAUAAAAACGGUUUUACUAUUUACAAGAUAACAUCCGUUCUCUUUCCAUUAGAAUCUCCAGAAGCAGUGACAAUAAUAUCAGUAUGGAAAAGGUAUAGUGACAUACAACAGCUGCACAAGUCUAUGAAGUCACUACACAGUGGACUACAUCUUAAAGGGAAAUUCCCGCAGCUAGCUAAAAGCAGUUUCUUUAAAAGAUUUCACCCAGAGGUAAUUGACGAGAGAGCGAAGACCAUAAAAGCCCUUCUAGAGUUUGUUGCGGAACAUAGGCUUUUAUUCACUAGCACUGAUUUUGUUAAUUUCCUUCAGACCGGUUAUCCAGAACCUGAUCCGAAGCCUUCAGGAGUGAUCAACGCGAUACGAUCGUCUCUACAUCUGCCGAUAGAGGAAACUCCACCACUCGAAUACCAGACGUCUGAAGAUGAAGCCAGGAGUCCUACCAUACGAACCGAAACCGCAAACAACGCAGGCCCGGCUACACCGACAGACAUCGACGUCUCACGGAUACCGAUAUACGAAGCAGCCGACGUCGAAAUAAGGGAGUCGCCCAAACCCAGCCCGAAGCUGUCCGACUCGGACAGCUUCGAGUCCAUAAACUCCAUAGACAGCCUCGACAGCGAGCUGUACGAGGAGCUGAGCGGGCUGACCGUGGAGCGCCGCGCGCCGCCCGACCUGAUCAGCUUCGACGCGCCGUCCCGCUCCGACGGCCGCGCCGGCGCGCCGCGAGCGAGCGGGACGGCGGCGCAGCCGUGCGCGCGCCGCGGGGACUUCGCGCGCGCCUUCGAGGGCUACAGGGCGCUCGCGGGGGACCUGCUGCGCGCCGCGCGGGCGGAAACGGACCAGCAAACUCGGGUGCUAAUGAAGGAGAAAAUAAACAAAUACCUCUCACACGCAGAAGCUAUAUACAAGAAUCAUCUUUGCGAUGAUGAUUUGGAUAGUAAUCCCCGCCCGCAGCCGCCCGCGCCGCCCGCCGCCUCCGCCGCCCCCGCCGCCCCCGCGCCGCCCUCGCCCCCCGCGCCGCCCGCGCCUCCCGCCGCCCCCGCCGGCCCCGCGGCCCCCUUGGCGCGCGGGCCGCACGGGCCGCACGCGGCGCUGCCGCUGCACGUGCUGCGCGCGGCGCGCUCGGAGCUGGGCGCGUACCGCGUGCUGGCGCGGCGCGCGCGCGUGCUGCUCGUGCUGCACCACCAGCAGCAGCACUGCCGCGUCAUGAAGGUCAUCCAAAAAAUACCAAAAAAUCUAACGGAGCUCGACGAUUAUUUCCACCAAAGAUCCAAUGAGACGCGUCAACCGAUCCUCCCCACACUCAUACCCUACAUGGUCCCCCUUCACGCGUACGUGGAGACAGACGAUCUCAUAUUUCUCAUACUCUCCUACGCACCCGGGGAGAGAUUAUUCGAUUACAUCAAAAAUUAUAAACAUUCAUCUCCGAGUACGAGAGAAGUUAAUUUUGAAAACGUAUUUACUGUACAAAAUAAACCGAGCGAAGACAUCGACGUACAAAACGACAACAUCGAUUCAGUAAACGAUAUUAUUAAUAAAAGCGAUGUUUACGAUGACGUCAAUGAAAAUAUCGAAGGGAGAGAUGUUUUGGACAAUGUCGAUGUCUCAGUCAAUGAGUUAGUCAAGAAUUCUCAGAAACUUCUUCUGAAUGUCGAUAGAGUGCUAACAGAGGUACCGAAUAUAAGUAGUGUACGAAAAGAAGAGCUUAAAGGUGACGUGGAAGAGGAAAAGAGACCGAAGAUGGAGAGAGAUACUGAAAAAAUUGCAAUACAGAGUAACCUAUCUCAACCUAAAUCCGAGAUACCUCCAUCAGCUGUGUGUCGGUGGGGAGCUGAGAUACUCACAGCUUUGGAAAGCUUACACAAUUGUGGAGUUAUAUGGAGAGACCUGCGCCCGCGCAACGUAUUGCUGGGGGCGCACGGACACGUGCUGCUGUCCUACUGCGUCGCGUACGCCGACGGUGACGUCACGCUCGCCCACCUCGCGCGCUCCGGGGAGAAGGUACCGUACGGUGACACGCGCUGCUGUCCUACUGCGUCGCGUACGCCGACGGUGACGUCACGCUCGCCCACCUCGCGCGCUCCGGGGAGAAGGUACCGUACGGUGACACGCGCUGCUGUCCUACUGCGUCGCGUACGCCGACGGUGACGUCACGCUCGCCCACCUCGCGCGCUCCGGGGAGAAGGAUUGUGUAUUCGUGGCUCCAGAGUUGCUGCAGCUCGGACACGACCCGACGGACGUCGCCUGCGACUUCUGGAGCUUUGGAGUUAUCAUGCACGAGUUGUUAUGUGGAUAC